CCACAAAGAAGAAGUGAGUGUUUCCGAUGUGGUUAAGUGCGAAACCCGUGCAACAACUAUGGUUCCCAGCAACACCACCUCCUCCGCCUUCUAAGUGGAGCUCCGCCACAAGAACAACCGUCAAAAUGAGGGUGGUUUUCAACAACACUUCUCCGCCGGUGCAAAAGAAGAGGAAGCGGUACCGGAAGCUCUACCCUGGAGAGACCACUGGAAUCACCGAAGAAAUGAGGUUCGUCGCCAUGAAACUCCGCAACGACACCACCGUCGCCACCGCUCCCUCCACUUCCCAUGACGAUACGUGGCAGCCCUCCAUGGAUGGCUUCCUCCGCUUCUUGGUCGACAACAACCUCGUCUUCGCCACACUCGAACGCAUCGUCGACGAGUCCGACAACGUUUCAUAUGCGUACAUGAGGAAAUGUGGAUUGGAAAGAUCAAAAGGGAUAUUGAAGGAUCUAGCAUGGUUUGAGGAACGAGGGCUUGUGGUUCCGACUCCCAGCUCUCCGGGGGUUACAUAUGCAAAGUAUUUGGAGGAGCUUGCAGAGACAAGUGCGCCCUUGUUUCUCUCCCAUUUCUACAACAUCCAUUUUUCUCAUAUAGCUGCUGGUCAGGUCAUAGCAAAAAAGGUUUCUGAACAGCUCCUGGAAGGUAAGGAGCUGGAAUUUUUCAGAUGGGAAGGAGAUGUACCAGAAAUGCUGAAAGGUGUUCGUGAGAAGCUUAACAUGCUCUCAGAGCAUUGGUCUCGAGAUGAAAAAAAUAAAUGUUUAAGAGAAACAACAAAGUCAUUCCGGUAUAUGGGACAGAUUGUUCGCCUGAUCAUCUUAUAAGAAGACUGUUGAUGCUCUUUCUAUUUUGUUAAUAGCACUGACUUUUUUUAUGAUGCAGGACAUUACCUCUGUCAAGAAUUUGCCCAUUCCUUAUUGGCAAGAAUUUUUAAGGUAGAGCCAAAGGGGGUAAGACUUAAAUCUUUAUUACAGAAUACAGAUAUAGCCUAGCGGCAACUUCUUGAGGUUCAUGAUUCCUUUCGUAUUGUGGACAUUAUUUCCGGCUAGCUAUUAAUGGUUUGAUGUUGUAAUUUGGAUGUUGUUGAGAUUUUAAGAUCCUUUUUAGUGUGUUUGGAUACUAGUUGAGUGCAACGUGAAUGAACUUUUACCUCAAUCAAUAUGAAGGGUUUUAUUCACUUUUUGUCAACAAGUGUUUGCUAAUGUCCUGUACACCGGUGACUAACGGAUAUCUUAACAGAUAUUCCUUAUGCUCCUGUUGAGUUGCUAUAUUGAAAAUUUUAUCCAUAAUGUAUAAAAUUUGUGGUAUAUAUGACUAUUGAUCUUUACAUGGGUGCAAUUUUCCA